AAUCAUCCACGGUAUUUUAGACGGUGUCAAAUUUUUGCAUAGCAAAACAAUCCACCACGGUUCCUUAAACGCACGCAACGUUGUAUUUGCCGCGCCAAAGUUCGAACUUCCUGUCAAAAUUGGAUUUCUUCAUGAAGCCCGUCGACCACAUGAGGACAUUCAUUCCCUGGGCGGGUUAUUCUUCGCCAUAUUAGAAUCCCCAUGGAGGGACAGUACCUACAUGACAGAGUCCAUCUUCCUCUGGCUAGUUGAGAAGGAGCCCCUCAAAAACAGAAUGAUUCUUAAUGGCGAUUAUAUUUUAUCCAAAAUGGUGGAAGAGGACGACCACGAGAGAUUUCAAUCUGUCGAAGAAAUCAGAAUUGAGCUGGACACGGGGUCCGAAUUAUUUGACAAUAGUAACAUCACUACCGUCUUGCAACAAUUGAAGAACCCCGAUGGAACGGAGUGGUUCCGUAAUGCCACCUUCUUCAACCCCCUUGGCCAAGGCGCUUUCGGCUUUGUGACGGAAGCAAGAAACGAGCAGACCGGCCAGGUUACUGCCGUGAAGGUGUUAAUUUGCCCCGAUACAGAGACCGACAUUGGCGCGCAGAAAGAAUAUAACAACAUCAAGUUCACCUAUCACAGAAAUUUGGUCAGGACGCAUCAAAUUAGGGAAACCGUUGUAGAACUGGAGGAAUUGAGAAAUCUUAAGGGUGCCUUGACUUCAGGUUCGGAUGCCCAAUUUGACUCGAUGAUGAGUCGGCUUUACGAAGAAAAGGAAGACCAAGACGUCAAUGAUGGGUUGGUCAAGUUAGUCUGUCUCGAAAUGGAGUUAUGUGGACAAACUUUGGCGGAAUGGUUACAGUCCGGGAAAAAAAGGGACGACCCAUCCAGGACAGUUUUGAUUAUCCAAGAUAUCUUUGACGGCAUUGGGUUUCUACAUGGUAAAAAUAUCCUUCACCGGGACUUGAAGCCGGCAAAUAUUUUGUUUUCCCCGGGAGAAUCGUUACCAGUUAAAAUUGCAGAUUUUGGCUUAUCAAGGAAGAUAUGUGAUGGGAUGCAUCAGAGUUGCUCAAGCGGUCAAGGUAUCGAUGAGACUGCCGUCUUCUCAACCAGCGUUGGCACCCCGAUCUACAGAGCACCCGAAGUAGCCACGGGGACAUACGGCACACCAGCGGACCUUUACUCGCUGGGGUUUAUCUUAUGGGAAAUUUUAUGCCAGAUUUCCCCCAAACAGAAAAGCCUCCUCUUUCAACGUCUCAAAAAUAAAGAUUCAACCGUACUUGACUCCGACCAAGCUAACUCGAUCAUCUCGAACGGGGCCGAAAUAAUCAUUUCUCUCACCCAAGAACAAGUUGUGGAAAGGCCUCUAUCUAUAACAGAAAUUAAGCUCGUCACACACCCCGGAAUCCGCUUCACCCCGGAGGAUACGUUCCAGCUUAAAACGUUUCUCAAAUGCGGUGGCCCUGGUGCCAGGGUGGAGCUGGGUCGAGUUCUUUGCCACAAAACGAGCUUGAACAACCGACAGGAUACUAUGAUGGUGGAAUGGAAUCUUACCAAUAAUAGGAAAACUUCUACUAAAUCUGGUUAUAACUUGGAGGCUGGAUGUCUCAUUAAAGGUACCGAGCCUGAUGAAUUGAAUGGAUUUGACAUCAAGCUCGUCGGAAUAAAGGCAUCGGAAAGCUUGGUGGGCAAACAGUAUUUCAGGUUUUUAUACAUCAACUUACAGGAAUCAUGCAAUUGUCCGGAUGUUACCAAAGGAUGGAUAUAUCCAACCUCAAGUCUUCAGUACAUAUCCAAUCAGGAUCUUGCUCAUGAUAAAUUUGAAUUAAGCGGGGUUACUGAUUUCCGUGGGAAAAUUGAAACGAUUAAGACAGACGACGGGAUUGGUAGAGAUGAUCGAAAAGUGGUAAUUGUAGUUAAUUUUGACGCAUGUUUGCUAGGUUUAAGAGGUGACGACGCCGAUUUCAACGGUGUUGGGUGUAUAAACAAUUUGGAAGAUGUCAUAAGGAAACAUUCUUUGUCAGUAGCAAUUCAGGGCGAGGCGUACAUAAUUUUGAAAUAGGCGAACUCUGUGUAUAUAUAAUUGUAAUUUUUAUAAAUUUUAAGUUUUAAAGUCUUUCGUUAGCAAGCCAGAAUAUUCACGCCCUUUAUAUGGGGUAGUAAUAUGUAAUAAGUAUAAUAAACAUUUAGACGUAAGUAUUUCCCCUUCGAAGUACAUCCUGCGCUAUACAGGACAGGAAAUUUUUGCACAUAUAUUUAUUAAGUACAUAGUUGUACGUCGAUAUUUUAUUGCAAGGUGUUUCUUCCUUAUUUCUUUUGUACAUGCAAUUUCACCAAAAAAUAAAAGCACUACUAAGUACAUACACGUUUCAAUAUACAAUUGCAAAUAAUGUCUCUAUUUUAUCUCCAGUGUACGUU